CUUUUAUAUUGCAGUAUGGCCUGGUUCGGAGCAUUUUACUACCACGGUUAUUGCCACAAAUCAAGAGGGCAAAGUGAACGGCAUGGGACUCACACCAAUCUUAACGAACCUGGGUCCUAUUCCUGCGUCUGAGAGGUUUACAGGCAAUAACUGCACAUGCAGAUGAUACAGCGGGGGAAAUGGGGAAGAGUUUUGUAGGUAAAUCGUAAACGUUAGAGGUUGGUUGAUUUGCCAAGCCCUCAGCCAAGCAACAAAACAUGACAAGCCUGUCGCGGUUUAGUGGCUGCCCUCUUUCUUGCGUCAACCCUGGGGAGAGCAAUACUGAACCCAGCGUGGUGCUGCCACCUUUGGCAGAGGAGCACAUGGGGCACCCCACUGGUAGUUCCUUAAAACUCUGCCCCUCGCAAAAUUUGCGAGACUACCACGAGACGAGGGCCAGUGCAUUUGUUGACCACUCGGUUACCCAUUUUCCAGACACUGGAUACACCAGUCAUCGCUUAGAACCCAGUCCUAGGGGCAUUAUCCUUGGGACAAAUCUGUCAGCAGCAGGCAUGCCACCAGUAACUGAUCAGCUGGCUCCGAGACCUAACCAACAUGGCAAUAUUGGAAGGUACCGUGACCUCCACAGCUAUAGGGAUGGCAGGAGCCACGCGUUCUUCAACACGUAUCAAGAGCAGGCCCAUGGCUCGUCAGACGCAACCCGAGAUCUCAGCAGCCAAAUGAUGUUGGGUCUUCCAGGGGAUCUUCUCUCACGAACGCACCCGUACGGGCAGUCGGUCAGUGGCCCUAGGGCCAACAGCCAGCAGCUAGUCACCCAGUUCCUGGAGUUCUAUAAGCCUCUGAAUAUGGCCAUGCAGCGAGGAGGGGGUGACGCCUUCCUCAGGUGCUCCAGGCAGAACCCGAAGCACGAGCUGGUGUGCAAGUGGAGUGACGGCCAAGAAGGCACUGGCAAGCCGCCCUGCGCCAGGAGUUUUGGGACCAUGUAUGAACUCGUCACCCAUGUGACGGUUGAGCAUGUCGGAGGACCGGAGCACUCCGACUACGUUUGUCACUGGGAGAACUGUUCAAGAGACAGAAAGCCUUUCAAAGCCAAAUACAAGCUCGUCAACCACAUCAGAGUGCACACUGGAGAAAAGCCCUUUCCUUGCCCUUUUCAUGGAUGUGAAAAAGUUUUUGCCAGAUCCGAGAACCUCAAGAUACACAAGAGAACGCAUACAGGUGAGAAACCGUUUAAAUGUGAGUUUGAGGGCUGCAAUCGGAGAUUUGCAAACAGCAGUGACCGGAAGAAGCAUUCUCACGUUCACUCCAGCGAUAAACCCUACACGUGCAAGGUCAGAGGCUGUGAAAAAUGUUACACACAUCCCAGCUCCUUGCGCAAGCACAUGAAACUCCACUGCAAGGCCUACAUCGCCAAAAUCGGCGAAGACGACGAACACCUUGUAGAGGCCAGGUCUCCUGAGGUGGCGGAACAGCAAGACACGCCCGCCUCUACCACUGUGACGCGAACGAUGACGACUCCCUCCUUGUCUCCAGAGACACAAAAUGAGUCGACUAUGAGGUCACGUUUCCAUCACACCUUUGAAAACAGUUUGGACUAUAUGGCGCACAGGCCACAGUCCCUUUUGGACCCUUUGUUGCUACAACGUGGCAGCUACAGACCAGAGUCUGUACAAUAUUCGUGCAGCCAACCAAGCCAUACGUUCGCACCUAGCCAUAGAACUUUUGCGACCAACUCACCUUUUCAAAAAAGUCUGGUAAAUGGCUGGUACACAUGUCAUAGCGCCGUGGACACCUUUUCACCCAAACACUGUAACAGUGAUAUAUAAUGUCUGUAAUUCGUGUUUAAGCAUUGAGGGAUGACAGGUGAAGGGAUCCUUUUCAUGUAAUAUUAUGUCCUACAGGUUUAAAUAGGAGCGUGCAAUUUGUUACUGUGAGCUUUAUCUGUUGUACAUUAUGUUCUUGUAUUGGUGAGACGUCGCUGGCUAAACUGUAAAUAGCUUACUAUAAAAGUAAAGAAAAAACUUGCCAAAAUAUAAUUCAUAUAUAAAAUAUCUACAAAACAGAUGGACACAAAUGGAGUAGAAUUUAUAGGUCGAAAAAAUUAAGUUAGUUAUUUCUGCACAGGAAAAAAAAAAAAUGAAUGGCGUAGCCUAUUAUUAUGAGGUUCUGUAGAGGCAGGGCCUCCGUCAAUGUGAUGUAUAAUGGAAAGAAGAGGUUUAUCUCUUGAAAAGUGAUAAUAAAAGUGAGUAUUUUAUUCUUUUUUUUUCUGUGUGUGUAAAUUAUAACUUGGAUUUUACAUGCGUUUUCUGUCACAGUUUAAAUGUAGUUCGAAGAUUAUUAGAAUUAAAAAUAUCGUUUGUCUUGAUGUAUGUGAGGUGAACCCAUCAUUGAACGAGGCCUUUAACACAAAUAAUUUGGAUAUUUUCACACUACACCACCAACGAGUGCAUUUACCUUAAUACGUUAGUGGCAGUUAUUAUAGACAUCAACCCCCCCCAUCAUUGUGAAAAUGUUUAAUUAAGAUUGUACUGUAUACUGUACAAUUAAUUAUGCAUUGGAAGUUUCAUUAAAGUAUAUCUAUUCUCUUUGAUCGGACGUGUGAUUUAAACUCUAUGCUUCUCAAAGGAAACGUGCAUGAGUUCACUAUAACACUUGGAUUUUAUCUAUACGUGUCAGUUUAUUUAACGGAUACCUAGCCUAUGCGUGUUGUUGUUUUUUUGGAGUGAAAUUACAAAGCGAAAAACUUUAGAAACCCACUUUUAGUGACAUUCAGACUUCUGUGUAGCCUAGUGUCUAAAACAAUUGAUUUAAGAAAAAAAGUUAAAACUUUGAUAAAGUAAUUGUUUUCCGUGAAGGUGAUUUUACGGCCGAAGUUGCCUCACCUCGAAUGAACUCCAGCAGAUUUCAAAUUUAUCGUUAUUUUCUUUUCAGUUUAAUCUUAUAUGCGAACCCUUUUAUCAUAAUUUUGUUUGCUAUUAACUUUAUUGCUAUAAAACUGCAGUACAGCAUGACACAUAAAUAAAAGUGCAUGCAAGGACAUAGGCCUUGUACUUAGAAUCGCACAGUGAAACGCCAACCUGCAUUCACUUACGCUGCUUAAUAUACGGUUUCGGUAGACUUCUCACUUAUUUUCAGAGUGCUAGAGCAUUUUAUGAUCGUACAAGAACUGACAAUGAACUCAAGUCCUGUUCCGUCAAGUACAAGUCGGCUGUAAUCUCACUUCUGUUAUCAAGAACCAAAUGGCAGCCUACAACUGAACACUUUAGUGGUGAUGAAUGAAAUGUUAGGUUAAUGCAGAAGUUACCACACAAUGAAUAACAAAUUGUAAUGAGGUCCACAGCUCUUUCAGUACACUAGUUGCAAACUGAAAUUGUUUUUCUUCAGUCUCAUUGGUUUGUUUUUGUCCCCAUGUUUUGAAUUGAUUCCAUAUUUUGAAAAAUCUGAACACUGACCUCAGUGAUUGUAGAGACUGAAAAAUGAUAUUUGGAGCCUUUGGUAGUGGCCCACUGUUGAAUAAACUGUCUUGUUAUACAAUCAGAGAGUUUGCGCUUAGGUAUUUCAUAGUCCAGUUUUACCAUGAUUUCUUUUGAUGUGUGUGUGUAUGGUGUUGUGAAGUUGUAGGGAAUUGUAGGGUAGUGUUUCUCAAUUUGUAAUGCGAGUAACUUGGCUUUCUUACACACUGUGCUGUGAAACAGCUAACACUAAUGACCAGGAUGCAUUGCAUUUUAAAAGAUUUCUUUCUUUCCUGGUUGGUUAUUACAAUAAUGCAUUUCAUUCAUAGUUUAAGAGUCCAGUUACCACUGUCAAGGAUGGUGCCUUAGGCACCAAUCAUCACAACCUGCUCCUAAAGAGAAACCGGUGACCAAAGAAUGCAGUGGGCCUCUGUAUAUUUUAAGUUGUAUUUAUUUAAUUAUUUAUUUAAUUAUUUAAUUAAUUUUUUUUUUCUUAUUUUUUUUUUUUUGACUCUUUGAGGCUUGAGAAAGAGACCAUAGGUUUAACUGAAAAAGGGGCUACCAAGGCUUUUUGACUCAGUGGGCCUUCUAAAAUGUCUUUCAGUUCAUUCAUUUAGCUAUCGUGGAUAACCUUAGAAAGGUCAUAUGGCAAAAAAAAAAAAAAAAAAAAAAAAAACUCCCACUAUCAAUGUUGGACUGAUGCGGUGUGUUCAAAGGAAGUUGUAAAUGUGAAGUUUACAAGAAAUUCUUAAUUUCAAUUUUAAACACUGUUGGAUCAUUGAGCCGCUGGAAACUGAA